AGGUUUUAUGUAGAAACUUCAUAAGUGUGCUUCCAGUUUCUGAGGUUUAAUGAAGUAGAGGCAUAAUUAUUUCAUUUAUUAAGUGGGGGGACUGCAACUUACCCAAGAUCAUACUGCUUGUACAUAGUUGAGCAGGGAUUUAAAUCCAAAUCUAACUAAUUUCUGCGUAUGUGCAUUUAUUUAGCCAGAGCUUUAUGUUGGUGGGGAAAGAAUUAAAUUUACCAUGUACUAGAUUUUCUCCUUAUAAAUCAGAAUCAUAGGAGACAUUGACCACCAAGGAUAUUACCUUUCCCACUGUAUCUGAUACAGCUCUUUCCCAGCUCUGUACAUGAUGCUGAAGUGAAUGCAGAUUUCCCAGCUCAAAAGACCUGAGGGGUUAAAAGCAGCUGCAUCUUCACCAGCAUGGAACACAGCAUGAAAAUGUUCCUCUUUCUUUUGUUUGACUCUCACAGUUUUUCACCAGAAUCUAAAUCUAGAAAACAGUGCCAAGGUUUAGCCAAGUGGAAUCAGAAUUAGGACAUAGGCAGACUCUGAGGAAGAUUCUGAUAACAACCUCCAAGAAGGAGAGACAAGGACUGUGCUUUGAACUUGGUGUCCUUGGUGUUGAAGGAAAUAAUCAAAAUAUAGUAUAGAUGUACGCAUGGAGCUAUAAUUCUGCAUUUAAGAUAACUGCUGGUUCUCAAUGGAAGGAAAAAGUAAGGAAAACCACUGGGUUGUAAGUAGAGUUGGAGGUAAAAUAUUAUCUGCGUUUUAGUAGUUUUCAGAGGAACAAGUAUAUGGGUUUUGUCCGAACAGAAGGCUGGGAAACAGGUGUUCUCUUUCCAACUUUUCCUUCUUUGGGACCCAGAAGUGAACGUAGUUCCCAUGGGGGGAGUCCUGGGUACAUCACUGAAGGGUUCCUGGCUAUGCAGCAUGCCGUGGAUAUUGCCAUCAUGAAAUACUAUAAUCACAAGGCUACACAAAAGCUAUUCCGAGAAGUCACUGUAUUUGUUCAGAGAUUUCCAUAUCCAGCAUAUUCUCAUGAUUACUUCUAUACCUUUUUUGGUAUUUUCAUCCCUUUAGUAAUCUUAUUUAUCUUCUCUAUGAAUCAUCUUACCCUCAUUCAGGCUAUUGUGUGGGAAAAGGAAAACCGAUUGAAGGAGUACCUGCUCAUGAUAGGACUCAGUAAUUGGAUGCUCUGGGCUGCCUAUUUCUUCACAUUCCUCUCUUUGUAUUCAGUUAUCAUCCUUUUGAUGUGCAUUAUUUUCUUUGCCAAGAUAGAACCUGUGCCAGUUAUCCAAUACAGUGACCCAUCUCUUGUCUUCGUUUUUUUGCUAUGUUUUGCUAUCGCCACAAUGUUCUUCAGCUUUAUGGUUAGCACAUUCUUCAAUAAAGUACAUUUUGCUGUUUCUGUUGGAGGUUUCAUUUAUCUCGUUACCUACUUUCCAGUUGUUACUGUCUCUAUAAACUUUGCAGAAAUGACAUUCACCCAGAAGCUGGCUUCCUGUCUCAGCUCAAAUAUCGCAAUGGGGCUGGGAACUAAAUUCCUAGUCAAGGCAGAAAUGGAGAAAAUUGGAAUUAAAUGGAGCAACAUCUUCUCACCACCCAAAAUGGAGAACUUUGGCUUUGCCCACGUACUGGGAAUGUUUUUAUUUGAUGCUUUCUUAUAUGGCCUUGUGGCCUGGUAUAUAGAAGCUGUCUUUCCAGGGGAGUAUGGUGUGCCCAAGCCAUGGAACUUUUUCUUGCUGCACUCUUACUGGUUUGGGGAAGCAUCUAAGGGAAAAAAGGAAAGAAGGCAAUUUUAUGAGACAAAUGAAAGCAAGUAUUUUGAAGCAGAACCUACUAAUUUGGUGGCAGGUAUCCAAAUCAAACAUUUGUGCAAGGAAUUCCGAAUGCAAAAUACUACCAAAAUAGCUGUAAAAGACUUGUCUUUGAAUUUAUAUAUGGGGCAGAUUACUGUUCUUCUAGGACACAAUGGAGCAGGAAAAUCCACUAUUCUGUCUAUUCUCUCAGGUCUCUAUCCUGCUACCAGUGGAAAGGCCUAUGUUAACGGAUAUGACACCUCAAAGCAGAUAGUCCAGAUCAGGAAAAGCUUGGGCUUGUGUCCCCAACAGAACUUGUUGUUUGAUUACUUGACCGUCUCAGAACACCUUUAUUUUUAUUGUUUGGUAAAAGGAAUACCUCGAAAGACACGUCUUGUGGAAAUUGAUCAUAUGUUGUCUACUUUUAACCUGCUAGAUAAGCAUAAUGCAUUUUCAUUUUCACUGAGUGGAGGAAUGAAGCGCAGACUCUCUGUGAUCAUAGCACUUAUAGGGGGCUCCCAGGUUGUGAUACUUGAUGAGCCAACAUCUGGAAUGGACCCAGUCUCAAGGAGGGCCACCUGGGAUGUCCUUCAGCAGUAUAAAGAGGAUCAUACCAUCUUAUUGACCACCCACUACAUGGAUGAAGCUGACAUCUUGGGUGACCGCAUAGCCAUCAUGGUCAAAGGAUCCCUGCGGUGCUGUGGCUCUUCAGUUUUCCUGAAAAAAAUAUAUGGUGUGGGAUACCACAUGGUCAUGGUGAAGGAGGCUCACUGCAAUGAUGAAGAAAUCUUAAAAUUUAUUCAGUAUCAUAUACCAGAAGCCACUUUGGAGAAGAAUGUUAAUAAUGAAAUAUCUUUUCUUCUACCCAAAGAGUAUACACACAGCUUUGAAGCUCUGUUUACUGAUCUGGAAAAGAGACGGUAUGAGUUAGGCAUUGCUAGCUUUGGUGCCUCUGUUACUACCAUGGAAGAAGUAUUUUUUAGAGUCAAUAAUAUGGAAGAUUCACAAGUAGAUAUCCCAGCUACCCAAACUCCACCUCCCUCUGUGAUGAGUGGAGUCUCAGUUAAGAACCAGAAUAGGAAUAUGUCAAGCAAUGAGAGAGCACAGUGUUCCACCAUGAACGAAAGUCCUGCUAUUAUGUUUAAUACUGGGUAUUCCCUCUACCACCAGCAGUUCUGUGCCAUGUUCAUAAAGAGGGCGCUGUUCAGUUGGAGGAAUUGGAAAUUGAUUUUGCUACAGAUGCUGGCACUUCUAGGUUCCUUUACUUUUCUCUCAAAGGCUGAAAAUUUUUUACAUAAUAAUGAUGAAAAGGCCAGACAAAUGGAUUUGAAUCAAUAUGGUCAAACUAUAGUGCCUUUAUCUAUUUCUGGGAAUUCUAAUUUGACCCUGAUUUUCCUAAAACAUCUUAGGAGUAUUCUAGAGUCUGACAAACACACACUUAAGGAAGUGCAAGGUGACCUACUGAAAUACUUAAUGGAAAAUGAAGAUUGUAUUCACUUAUGCAUUGUUGCAUUUUCCAUUGAGGUGAAGACAAAUAAAAUAAUACUUACUGGUCUUUUCAACAAUCAAGCAUAUCAUUCACCAUCUCUGACCCUGUCGAUAUUAGACAACAUUCUUCUCAUGACCAUUGCUGGCUCUAAUGCUUCUUUAACAGUCUUCAAUAAGCCUCAGCCAUACCUUAGGCAUAAAAAACAAAGUGCAACAUUGUCAAAUGGACUCCACGUGGCCUUAAAUAUACAUUUUGGCAUGGCUCUUUUGAUCAGUGGCUUUUGUCUCCUGACAGUGACCGAACAGAUCACUAAGGCAAAGCACAUCCAAUUUUUGAGUGGGGUUUAUGUCCCUGUGUACUGGCUUUCUGCUCUACUGUGGGAUUUCAUCAUCUUCUUUAUUACCUGCUGCUUACUACUAGGAGCAUUCAAAUUCUGCCAACUGGAUAUUUACAUCACAGACUACCAUUUUCUGGACACAAUGCUGAUCUUCAUGCUAUAUGGCUGGUCUGUCAUUCCCCUCAUGUACCUGCUGAGCUUUCUGUUUACUAAAAGUACUUCUGCCUACAUCAAGCUUGUCCUAUUCAACUACCUUUCAGGCAUUUUCAGUGUCCUCAUAGAUGCCACUCUUCAGUUCGGUAAGGAAGUUCAACAUAAGAUGUCAAAAGCCACCAGAGCCUUCAUACUUAAUUCAUUACUGUUCUUUCCUAAUUACAACCUUGCGAAGUGUAUCGAUGACUAUUUUACUUUCUACCAGAUAAAGAAAUGGUGCUCUGGAAACAAACCUCCUGUCUACAUAAAUUGUAGUAAAGAAAAUACUGCGAAGAAUGUUUAUUCUUUGGAAGAGAAAAUGAUUGGGAAGUACGUGAUUGUAAUGAGUAUCACAGGCUUUAUUUGCCUUCUCUUGCUUUUCUUUUUGGACACUACUUUGUGGAAGCUAAGAACAUUUCUCAGUCAAUAUGUUUAUUUUGGUAUCUAUAAGACAUUCAGAAAGGAAAAAGUGUCCAAGGAACUAUCUGGAGAAUCCGAUGAUGAAGAUGUACAAAAUGAAAGACAGAGAAUCCUGGGGCAGCCUAGGGAGUUGCUGAAUUCUGCAGUACUUAUUAAGGAACUCACAAAGAUAUAUUUUAAGUAUCCAGUCAUUCUGGCUGUGAAAAAUAUCUCUGUUACAAUCCAAAAGGGAGAGUGCUUUGGAUUGCUUGGAUUCAAUGGAGCUGGAAAAACUACUACCUUCAAAAUUUUGACUGGAGAGGAGACUGUUACCUCUGGGGAUGUGUUCCUUGGGCAAUUUAGCAUCACUAAAAGGCUCCAAAAAGUGAAAUCAAGAGUUGGCUAUUGUCCUCAGUCUGAAGCAUUGCUGGAAUACAUGACUGGUCGGGAAAUAAUGAUCAUGUAUGCCAGGUUAUGGGGAAUCUCUGAGCCCCAGAUUCAGCUGUAUGUGAAUAGAUGGUUGAAUUCAAUGCAACUGGAACUCCAUGCUGACAAGCUUAUCAUAACCUACAGUGGAGGAACCAAACAUAGGCUGAGUACUGCUAUUGCCCUAAUGGGAAAUACCUCAGUCAUUUUGCUAGAUGAGCCAUCAACUGGCAUGGACCCUGGAGCCCGACGCCUGCUCUGGGAUGCUGUGACAUGGACACGUGAAAGUGGCAAAGCCAUCAUUAUAACUUCCCAUAGAAUGGAGGAAUGUGACGCCUUCUGUACCAGGCUGGCCAUCAUGGUGGAGGGAAAGUUCAUGUGCCUGGGUAGCCCUCAGCACCUCAAAAGCAAGUUUGGCAACAUUUACGUCCUGAAGAUCAAGGUCAAGAUUGAUGCACAGGAGGAUAAACUGAAUGAUUUAAAAUUUUUCAUCACAAUGACAUUCCCAGGUAGUGUAUUAAAGCAUGAGAAUCAAGGGAUCCUAAACUACUACAUUCCCAGCAAGGACAACAGCUGGGGAAAGGUGUUUGGUAUUUUGGAGGAAGCUAAAGAGAAAUUCAAUUUAGAAGACUACUCCAUCAGUCAGAUAACACUGGAACAAGUCUUCCUGAUCUUUGCUAACCCAGAGAACACAGAAGGUGAUUAUCAAGAAAAGAAGAAAAGAAGAAGAAAUGAAGUGAAGAAUGAUAUACAGAGCUCUUCCUCAGAUUCUUGUUUGGCCACAUGGAGUCCCCCAUAAGCCAUGUGAGAAAUCUAGUAACUCUCAAGAUUCACGGGCAGAUGAGCAGACAAGAGAUAAUUGUUGUCCAGUUGCAAGAUAGAAAGAAUCCAUGAAGCUGCUCUACUUUAGGAUGGUUUGUUCAAGGUUUAUAUAUUCUUAGUUGGAUAUUUGUGAAUAAUAAAAUUAUACCCAAAAGCUAAUUGUUUUUAGGUAUAACUUUCUGUGGGUUCCACUCCCAUACGUACCAUACAUCACCAGUGAUUUCAGUAAUCGCAAAAUUUGCAGGCUGGCAAACUUUAAAAGAGGAGGGGGAACUCAUUUUAUUAAGGUCUUACUUGCAUCUAGUCUCACAGUUGGCAUAAUUAAUGACUCUUUUUAAAAUUCCUUGAGUGUGGUGGUCUCUUCACUGUCCCUAUGAUCCAAUUCACCUCUUAUCUUCCAGCAAGAAACGAACAAAUUAUGUCAGUUCCUCUACUAAGCACUUUACAUGCAUUGCAUUAUUUAAUCCCACUACAAAACUCUGGGCUAGGUAUUGCAGCUAUUAUUAUCCUCACUGUACAUGGGAGAGGCAGAGGGGUUAAGGGAUUUACCCAGGGUCACCCAGCAAGUAAGCAGGAGCGUUCGUCAGUAUCCCCACUUGGAGUCAGGAAACCACACAGCAAUUUGAACAGGGAAAGUUAAAAGAAUGAUUAAUUAUAGCAGGGGGUUAGCUAUAGGAGGUACAGGGAACUCCAAAGGAUACACUAUGGAUGAGGGAAAAUAUCCAAGGAAGAAACAAACUUGGAAGAGGACCCUUCCCCAAGACUGGGAUUCAGAUAUUCUUGGAGAAGGUGAACUUGGGGCUCACUUGAUGGUGGAGAAGUUUCUUGGCCCUGGGUCAAGGCUGUUCCAAACCUGCUGAGCAAACAGGAAACACCCCAUAGUUACAGGCUGCCUCGGCUAGCCAGCAAGGAACUGUGGCUGGAUCUAGCUAGCAGGAAACUCUUUUCUGUGGUUGUUGGCAGGCUGGUGCUAGGCAGGGGCACCUGCCGGAGUCACUGAGAAUCCACGGUUAAUGGGGGUCGGGGGAGGUGCAGGGUGAAUGCCCAGAAAUGUCCUCCACACCUGCUGCUGACAGCAAGGGGAGAGCAACAAUCAAGAGAAAACACUGAACCUGGAGCAGCAGCCUUUGGCCCUGUAGCGUCCCGCCAGCACCCUCUCCUGACCAAGCUUAACCUGACAGUUCAAGAACCCAAUUCCAUUUGCUGCCUAGAGGCCAGAACCCGAUCCCUGGCGGGGUAGGGAAGAGAUUAGCCUCUGGCAGAAUUCAGAACCUGCUUGGCAACGCUUAAGCUACACCGAAGAGUUGAAUUAUGGAAGAGUGGACUUGUUGACAUUCAACCAAUUUGCAGUGCUCCUCUGGAAAAAUUUCACUUUAAAGUUCGAGGGUUUGCUUCAGAAAUGGAGUUUGAGAAGUAUGUUAAGUAUGACUCUGGAUCUUAUAAAAUACUGGCCGCCAUCAUUUUCGACUGUAACUUCAAAAGCAGCAGUGAUCCUCUGCCACUUUAGGUAACGACAUACACCAGGAGAAUCAAGGGAUUAUUGGCUACCACAUUCCAAAAAAGGAAAUCUGCUGGGAAAAGGUGUUUAGGAUUUUGGAAGAAGCUAAAGCACUAUUCAAUCUAGAAGACUAUUCUGUCAGAUAACACUGGAACAAAUAUUCCUGACCAUUGCUAAUAGUGAUAAAACAAAAUACUCAAAUAAACCUGCUAUGAGAUUCA